AUGCUGCGGAAGUACACUGCCCGAUUUAAUCUCACUGCUCUGGAGGUUCCAGAGGCAGAGUCACAAAUAAAAAGCUGCGCAUAUGUUAGAGGGUUGAAGCCUGGGCUUUUCUUUGACGAGUUACAGAUCAGGCCAGCGAGAGAUUUUGAUGACGUCAUGUCAAGACUACCAGGGUAUUUGCAAUUAGAGGAUGCCCGAACGGCACGAAAGGCAGAAAAUGACAAGCAUGGGGCCAAAAGGGACGAGGCCGCACCAAAGCAGAACAACCGGAACCAAGAUCGGGCACCUUUCAGAAGAUACUGUGGACAUCUCAAGCACCAAUUGGAACUCUUGGUACGCCAUGGCAACCUGGAUCAAUUCAUAGCCAGAGGGAAAGAGGGUCAGGGUCAGCAAGCCCAGGGAAAUGACCAAAGACAAGCUCAGGGAAAUGACCGAGACCGACGUCCGAAGAAAAACCACGAUCAGCGCAGAGGGAUCAUACAGGCUAGGGUACCUCCCCACCCGGCCAGAAGGGAAGUGCACGUGAUCUUCGGGGAAAAUGGGUUACCAACCUCCAACCGAGCCAAGAAGCAGGUCGUGCGGGAAGUGAGGUCGGGAUACUACCCUAAACAAGUAAUGGAAAUCACGAAUGCAGCAGAGGAACCAGCCAUAACCUUCGGGUCAGAGGACCUGAGAACACUCAUGUACCCCCACCAUGACGCGUUGGUUUUCACGGUCGACAUAGCAAGCUGUAUUGUACAUCGUAUCUUCGUGGAUUCUGGGAGUGCGGUGAACAUUUUAUAUUUGGAAUGUCUCCAAGCUAUGGGGAUCGAAGCCACUAUCGAAUCCAGCGAACGCUCCUCUGUUCGGAUUUGGCGGAGAAAUCGUCAUGCCCCUAGGGUUUGUGGAGUUACCAGUUAG